AUGUCUGCAGACAGCAACGCAGCCGCAGAGUAUCUUCAGGAGUUCAAAGAAAUUACAUCCUCCUACUCACCCCAGCAAGUGUACAACGCUGAUGAAACGGGGCUAAAUUUCAAAGCGUUGCCAACAAAGAGCCUAGCUUCAAGAGAAGAAAAGUCCGCUCCAGGAUUUAAAAUGGAUAAGCAACGACUAACCGUAUUAGCAUGCAGCAACGCUUCCGCCACCAAUAAGAUACCUUUGAUGGUUAUCGGUAAAUCCAAAAAACCUCGAUGUUUUAAAAACAUGAAUAUGAACGCUCUGCCAGUUUACUAUAAAAACCAAAAGAAAGCUUGGAUGGAUCGUGCUUUGUUUCAAGAAUGGUUUGAGAAACAAUUUGUGCCCAACGUGAGAGCCUACAAUGAAGAAAAUGGACUGCCUGAUAGAGCGUUGUUACUCAUAGAUAACGCUCCGUCCCAUCCGGAUGACUUAGAGCUGGUUAUUGGUGAUAUAAAAGCCAUUUUUCUACCACCGAACGUUACUUCGAUCAUACAACCAAUGGACCAAGGAGUUCUACAAGCGUUGAAGCAAAAUUAUCGGAAAAAGCUGCUCCGAAGCCUGCUUGAGGAAAAUGAAGACCUCACAAUUCUCCAAAAGCUUAAGAAAAUCACGAUCAAAGAUGUAAUUUUCUGGGUGGCAGAGGCUUGGGAGAACACAAGCGUAGGAGCUCUGCAGAAAUCUUGGAAAAAUCUUUGGCCUGAUCUGCAGUUUGUUGAAGAGGUUGUUCCACCGGUAAAUGAAUGCGAACUUCUUCCUCUUGUAAAAAAAAUACCGGGAUGCGAAAAUGUAGAGAAGGAGUGUGUUGAUGAGUGGACGGCUGUAGAUGACAAAGGCUUCGAGGAGUACACAGACGAAGACAUCGUGGCACAGGUGCAAGGAGUCCCAGCUGAUGACUCAUGUAGCAGUGAGGAUGAGGGAGACGCCCAAACUACCGAUAUUGUUCCACACAGCGCAGCUGCAAGUGCCUUUGACCUCGCUCUACGCUACGUCGAGCAACAUGCCGCUGCUACUCCCAAUGACGUAAUGUUCAUUCGGCGUUGGCGAAACAUUGCAUCGUCCAGUCAUUUUAGUGUGUUGCGUCAAAAGAAGAUCACUGACUUUAGGUCUUAA